UUAGGAUAUACAAACAUUCGGAUUCAAGAUGUCAGUUGGCAAAGUUUGUGAUUUAACUUGUUGGCAUAGGCCUAGGUCGAAUUAGGUUGUUUUUAUUAUUUUUAUUUGGUUUAUAUUAUCGUAGUGAAGAGCAGGAAGGGACCAAGAUCAGUAUGAAUACAGAUAUCGAGUCUUAUAUUAGAGAUAAUUGUACUUGGGAGUUGCUUCCUUUAACUAUUAAACAGUUAUUAGGAAAUUCUCAAAAGGAAUACGAAAAAUGUGUCAUUCAUUACAGUGUGAAAAAUCAACUAAAAUAUCGAGGAAAUUUAGUUCGUCAUGUCAAGAAAGAAGAAAGGAGCUAUUAUGAAGAAUUAUUAAGAUACAGUAGGGAACAUUUAAUGUUAUAUCCAUACCAUUUAUCAGAUUUUAUUGUAACCAGAAUGAGGUUAACACCUUUUCAAUAUUAUAUAUCUAUCAUGCAAAGCCUGAUGGAGCAAGAGAAAAGUUAUGAUGCACUUCCAAAUUUUACAGCUGCAGACUGUCUUCGAUUGUUAGGAAUAGGAAGAAAUCAAUAUAUAGAUUUAAUGAAUAAAUGUAGAUCUUCAAAGAAAAUUUUUGGUGUGAGGUUGAAGUCUGUUCGAGAACUGCUUCCAGUAAAACCAAUUGAUGUUCCAAUUGAACCUUGGUGGAUUGCAAGAGUUGGUUUUGUUACUGAAGAUGAUGUUAAGAUAAUAUCUGCAUCUGAGAAGCAAUUAAUAGAUAAAAUUAUUGAUGAAGGUCCUCAAACAGCUGGAAGCUUAGAAGCCAAAUGUGUUAAAAGGUUUACAGUUGUCUACAAAAUACAAAAAAUUUUUGGUGUGAGGUUGAAGUCUGUUCGAGAACUGCUUCCAGUAAAACCAAUUGAUGUUCCAAUUGAACCUUGGUGGAUUGCAAGAGUUGGUUUUGUUACUGAAGAUGAUGUUAAGUUGAAAAUAUGCUACUUUAGAAUAUNAGCCAAUGUUCUCCAAACUGAUCUUCAAUUAGUCAAGAAUGCAAUAUCUAUGUAUUGUCGAUUGGGUUUUGCAUAUAAGAAAAGAAGUGAUACAGAUCCUAAUCUCUAUCAUCCAUCAUGGAAAGGUGUUUUAUCAUCCAAACAAUCCAAAGCAAGACAUGAAGAUGUUGAAACAUUUAUGGAUGCUUUGAAUUGUGAAUUGGAAAAAGAAGGAAUUGUAGUGGAGUUUUCAAAUCCUAUUAAUAAGCAAGAUAGCUUUGAAGAACAGGUCCCAGCUGUAUUUGGUGGCAGUACUCAUACAAAACGAAUUGGAUUUUUAUUUGAUUCAACACUUACUGCUUUUCUCAUGAUGGGAAAUUUAUCUCCAGGUUUGAAGAGUCAUGCAGUAACAAUGUUUGAAGUAGGAAAAUUAUCAGAUGAAUCUUUGGAUAGUUUUCUUAUUGAAUUAGAAAAGGUUGCUGAUGUUGGAGAAGGAGAAGCUAGACGAUAUUUUGAUCAUGCUUUAACAUUGAGAAACACUAUAUUAUUUCUUCGUUAUAAUACAAAAAUGGUCAUACCGGUACAGAAUGGUCCAGAAGGCAGUGGAGAAGGAUCAGUCAGUGGAUUGGGGUUAGACCUUAUUCGUUGUGAAAGUUUACAAAAUCUGGAUCAAGACACUUGUAGCAGAUUACUUAACAAGAAUUAUUGUUUGCUGAUAUCAAUGGCACCUUUGACUAACGAAAUUCGACCAAUUACUAGUUCUCAUCCUCCUCAUCUGGGUCCUGCAAUUCCUGAAGUAAAUUCAGUAUGGUUUAAAUUAUAUAUGUAUUCCGUAACUCAGUGUGGACCUCCGUCAUUAUUAUUAGUUAAAGGAACAAAACUUCGGGUAUUACCAAGAAUGUUUAGGGACCACGAAAAAUUAUUAGUCACAACUUGGGGUCAUGAUCCAGGUACAAUGCCAGUUUCAAAUGCUCUACCAACAUUAAAUGAUGCCCUAUGUCAUUCUGCUCUCCUAAUCCAGGGUCAAGGAACUGGCGGAGAAUUUAUUUAUAUUCCAUUUCCAUUUGAUAAAAAUUAUAACACUAGUUCAGGCGAAUUUUCUUUGUAUAAUUUUGAAUAUCACAGAGCCGUUAGAACACUAGCCAAGCAUUUGGAUCUAAUUCAUUGCUGUGGUUACAUAACUAUGCUUCGACUGGUUCAAAAUAAAGAAGUGAAUAAUGUUCAGAAUGCGACGUCCGAGGAUAUUUUGCCAAACUCCGAAGACGAAGGAGCACAGCAGGUUACAAAUCUUCCCAUAAAUGGAAUUGCUAAUGACGACUCUAAACAACUUCUUGCUGCCGAAGUGGAUAGUUUUCAAGAAAAUGCUUUGGUAGAGACUCCUAAACAAGUAUUUAAAUCAAAAACUGGCAAUUUGACAUUAGAUUUAGACGAGCAACCUGAAAUAUUAGAUAUUUCUGCAGAAAAAGACAGUAUUUCCGAAGACGAUUGGACAAUUUUAAAUUGUUGUUUUGGAAUUCCUCUUUUCGACAGCAGAGUUAACACCGAAGUUUGUAAGCGUAUCAUAAAUCAAGGACUUUGUAAACCAGAAAGUCUUACUAAGUCAACAGCAUCUAGUCAAGAACUGUGCCUUAAUUUAUUGAAAUUUAUUAAAGAUAAUCAGAAAACUAUAAUUCCGUGUGAUAAAAACAACAUCAGCAUUCCUGGCUGUGAUAUGGAACUCCCGCUUCCGACGGAAAAUUUAAUGUUCGUAGACGGAAAAUUAUCUCCUUGGGACUGGAGAUAAUGCCGCUAUAGAAGUACAAAUUAGAAAGUUAAGCACAUUAUAAACAAUCACCAAUAUAUCUUUAAGACAAAGAUUUUAAUUAAAUUCUACAAUGUAGCCGACGGCACCAAACUAACUUGUAAGAAGGUGGUCAAUGGCUAUACAAUACGAAAUACGAGGCAACUAUUGUUAGCAAACUAAUUUUGGUGCUUAAAAAGUUGUUUUGUUCAUAAAAUUUAAAUCAAAUUCUAAAGGCAAAUUAUAUUUGUUGUUGUUUAACUCCUUAACUUUCUAAAUAUAUGAGAAGCUACAAAUUCCUAUGUAAAUAAUUGCACCAAAAAAUAUUUUAAUUAAGCGUGAAGUAAAACAAAUAUGCUGAUUAUAUGCACAAGCAUUUAUUAAUCACAUUGAAUUAUUUUUCGUGGCAGAUUCAGAGGAAAUGAUUUAUUAAAAAAGUAGAUUGCUUUUUUCCAGAACAAUUUCUUUGCAUAUAUUUAUGUUUGAAAUCAUUUAUGAUAUUUUUAUAAAUUUAAAACUGGUGCUAUUUAAAGAAAUAUAAUAUGUUGAUGAGAGAUGUGCAUUGGAGAAAAAAAA